GUCUGAGUACGGAUGCCGGAAUGAUCAAACUCUGUGUUUCUUCUUUAGAUCCGUCCUCAGAGGUGGAGUGAAGGCUGAAGCUGCACAGGUGUCAGGAUGGGGAACGGGUCCAUGAAAUCCAAACGUUACAAGCACGCUGACGGUUGUGGGUUCAAACACCCGUCCAUGGACUCUCUGAGGGCCCGGGUGGAUGAGCUGGAGCGCGAGGGGAAGCGGCGGGAGGAGGAGCUAUGUACCAAAGAGCAGCAGAUCAAAGGUCUGCAGGAGCAGCUGGCCAAGCAGACUAGGGUCCUGGCAGAGCUCAGCGAGGAGCUGCAGACUAAAUGCAUCCAGCUCAACAAGCUGCAGGACGUCAUGAAGAACCAGAGCGGGGCAGCAGCCGCCGCAGCGCUGGCCUCCAGACCGCCGUCAGUGAAAACGUGUGGGAAGAACAGCCCCAACCUGAGCGUACGCAUCAAGGAAACGCUGAACAGAAGGAAAGGGGCCAAAGCUGGAGUGUCUGCAGAACCGACAUCCAGGACCUACGACUCCAGCAGCAUGCCAAAGUUCUCCUUCGAGAAGGCCCGGAUACCCAAGGACGCGAGUGUGAAGAAGCUGCUGGUUGACGGUCUCCUGAAGAACCAGUACCUGAAGCGUCUGGAGCUGCAGCAGAUUAAAGACAUGGUGGAGUGCAUGUACGAGAGAACGUACCAGCAGGGGGAGUACGUCAUCCAGCAGGGGGAGCCGGGGAACCACCUGUUCGUCCUGGCAGAUGGGAAGCUGGACGUGUUUCAACACAACAAACUGCUCACGUCAAUAACGGUGUGGACGGCGUUUGGAGAGUUAGCCAUCCUGUACAACUGCACGCGGACCGCAUCGGUCAAAGCGGUGAAUGAUGUGAGGACCUGGGCUCUGGACCGGGAGGUGUUCCAGAACAUCAUGAGGAGGACGGCCGAAGCACGGCACGAACAGUACCGCAAUUUCCUGAGAAGUGUUUCUCUGCUGGCUAAUCUACCCGAGGACAAGCUCAGCAAAAUCGUGGACUGCCUGGAGGUGGAGUAUUACGACAAAGGAGAGUACAUCAUCAGGGAGGGAGAGGAGGGCAGCACCUUCUACAUCAUCGCUCAGGGGAAGGUGAAGGUAACUCAGACCACAGAGGACCACAAACUGCCUCAGAUCAUCAACACGCUGCACAAAGGAGACUACUUUGGAGAGAAGGCGCUCAUCAGUGAUGACGUCAGAUCUGCCAACAUCAUCGCUGAGGAGAACGGGGUGGAGUGUCUGGUCAUCGACAGAGAGACGUUUGAUCAGACAGUAGGAACCUUCAAUGAGCUGCAGAAAUACCUGCAGGGCUACGUGGCCACGCUGGAUCGAGACGACAAGAAGAGAAACGCCAGGAAGUCAGUGUCCCGUCAUCAGAGCCAGCCGCUGCCUCCAGACAUCCUCCAGCUGAAGGAGCUGGUCUCCAUGUUUCCUCCAUCUCGACCAUUCGACCACCUGGAGGUCAUCGCCACGCUGGGGGUCGGCGGCUUCGGACGAGUGGAACUGGUGAAGGUUCGGGGUCAGGACGUCUCGUUUGCUCUGAAGGUCAUCAAGAAGAAACACGUGGUGGACAACAGGCAGGAGGAGCACAUCCACUCAGAGAGGAAGAUCCUCGCCGAGGCCAGAUCACCCUUCAUCGUCAAACUUUACCGCACCUUCAGGGAUAAUAAAUAUGUGUACAUGCUGCUGGAGGCCUGCCUGGGCGGAGAGGUGUGGAGUCUGCUCAGAGACAGGGGGAGUUUUGACGAGCAGACAGCCAAGUUCUGUGUGGGCUGUGUCACUGAAGCCUUCGACUACCUCCAUCGUAAAGGAGUCCUCUACAGAGACCUGAAGCCUGAGAACCUGAUGCUGGACACUGAGGGGUACAUCAAACUGGUGGAUUUUGGAUUUGCUAAGAAGAUCCGCUGUGGACAGAAGACGUGGACGUUCUGUGGGACGCCAGAGUACGUGGCGCCUGAGAUCAUCCUCAAUAAAGGCCACAACUUCAGCGUGGACUUCUGGUCUCUGGGGAUCCUGGUCUUUGAGCUCCUCACCGGCAGUCCCCCGUUUGCAGGGACGGACCAGAUGAUGAUAUACACGCUCAUCCUGAAAGGCAUCGAGAAGAUGGACUUCCCCAAAAAGAUCACCAAGAGACCUGAGGACCUGAUACGGAAACUGUGCAGGAAAAACCCUUCAGAGCGCCUGGGAAACCUGAAGAACGGAAUCAUGGAUAUUAAGAAGCACAGGUGGUUUAACGGCUUUAACUGGGAGGGGCUGAAGGCCAGGACUCUUCCAUCGCCACUGAAGAGAGAAGUUAAAGGACCCACGGACCACAGUCAUUUCGACAGCUACCCUCCGGACGAGGACGCCCCUCCCGAUGAGCUGUCAGGCUGGGACAUGGACUUCUGA